AUGCAGACAGACGGGCUCGUUGUGGUCCUGAACAGCGCGUCCAAGGCCGCCGGGCCGAAUGCUUCGCGCCUGUGCUUCCACGCGUUCGUGCUCCCCCAUCAGCUGGCCUUCGUUGCCGGGGCCGUGGCCUGCUCCUUCGGCGCCGCCGUUCAGAGGCUUCCCGCCAGCGCCGCCGCCGCGGACGCAUCCGCCCCAGACGUCUUCGCCCUUAGCAGUGGAGCCCGGCUCUUGCUCCACGCCCUGAACGCGGAGCGCGUGUGGCGGCAGCUGGGACUGGCAGCCUCGGGAAGUGCAGCGGCCAUUGCGAGGAGGGUCAUGAUGGGCGAGGAGGACCGCCGUGAUGCGCACAGGUCGGACGUGGGAAACCUCGGCGCCGUGCACAACUUUGCCCGGUUCCUCCUCCAUGAGUUCCUGCCAGCUUUGUCCAGGCAAAUGGCGGUGUGCGAUUCUGGAUGUUGA